CGAUACAGUUAACACCACAAAAUUUGUCUCCCCAUGAAACCGAUGCUAUUUGCCUGUAUUCUCCUAGCUGUUUUCAGUAGCACGCUUGCUGCUCAAAGUUUGCAGUGCUAUGAAGGUGACUCCGGAUUAGAUAAUAGGCAUAAGCGUGACUGCCCGAAAACUGUCACAUUCUGUUACACGUCUAUCGCAAAGAAUGGAGAUCGUGCGUGGAGAUGCGACACAAUAAACCAGUGUAGGGACAAAGAAGGAUGUCGUCCGGUCCUUGAUGGUGAACUCUGCUGCUGCAAAAAGAAGCUCUGCAAUUUAUUGAUCUAA